GCUGGGAGGAAGGAGGAACAGAUUCUCAACCAUGAACUCCAGCCAGCCGGGGACCUGUCCAUGCCAGCAUGCUGCAGGGCGCCCAGCCAUUCUGUAUGCACUUUUGAGCCCCAGCCUCAGGGCCAGGCCUGCUGUGCCCCCAGCCCGUAUGCAUUGCCUCUGCAAGCAGCACCGGCCUGUCCAGCUGUGUGCUCCUCAUCGCACCUGCCGGGAGGCCUUGGACGUUCUGGCCAAGACAGUGGUCUUCCUCAGGAACCUGCCAUCCUUCUGCCAGCUGCCCUUCCAGGAUCAGCAGCAGCUGUUGCGGGACUGCUGGAGCUCCCUCUUCCUGAUUGGGUUGGCCCAAGACACUGUGACCUUCGAGGUGGUAGAGGCCCCGGUUCCCAGCAUACUCAAGAAGAUCUUGCUGGAGGAGCCCAGCAGCAAUGCAGGCAGCGGCCAGCAGCAGGAUCUGCCUCGGCCCUCCCUGGCUGCGGUGCAGUGGCUUCAGUGCUGCCUGGAGUCCUUCUGGAGCCUGGAGCUGAGCCCUAAGGAGUAUGCCUACCUGAAAGGGACCAUCCUCUUCAACCCUGACAUGCCAGGCCUCCAUGCCUCCUCCCACAUCUGGCAUCUGCAGCAGGAGGCUCAUCGAGCACUAUGUGAGGUCCUGGAGCCCUGGUGCCCAGCAGGCCAAGGCCGUUUGGCCCGUGUCCUCCUCAUGGCCUCCACCCUCAAGUCCAUUCCACCCAGCUUGCUUGGGGACCUCUUCUUUCGCCCUAUCAUUGGAGAUGUUGACAUCGCUGGACUCCUCGAAGACAUGCUUUUGCUGAGCCGACCUGCUCCAGCCCAAGCAGAGAUCAGCUGUAGCCUGGGCAGAAGCUGGCUGCAAUGA